CAAGACUGCACAAAAAUGGCAAAGCAAACAGGAGAGAACAGUUUUAUAUUUGCACUUUAGAGAGGGUUUGGUGGGGGCUAGUUAAAAUAUGCUUACAUGCAGUACCAGCCUACUGGGCAGGUUUAUUUAGGAACAUGAAGUUAUAUAUUCACUUGCAUUCACCCAGCAGCUGAAUGACGGUUGCAUGACAAGGGCAGACAUUUUAUUGCCUGUAGUUUGGAUAAGAAUUGAAAGAAACAGAAACUACCAAGGCUGAAGAAAUGAGUCCAGUUCUGGUGAUCCUACUCUUGUCUGCAUCGCUGCUGUCUACUGGUGACGGUGGAAAAGUGUUGGUUUUCCCAGUGGAUGGGAGUCACUGGCUGAACAUGAAAAUCCUUUUGGAGGCGUUACAUUCUCGGGGACAUGAGAUAACGGUGUUCCGCUUCUCAACCAGCUGGUACAUUUCUGAAUUUUCCCCCCUUUACACGUCCAUUACGGUUACCCAGGAGCAGCCAGAAAGUAUCGAGAGCAAAGAAGUCAUGGCAUCCUUCCUGCAGAGGUCUAUAGAAAUCCGUCGAAAUGAAGGAACAUUAUGGGCUUUCUUUCAGUUUUACAGGAAUCUGUUCAAUUUAUUUCAAGGUGCAGGAAAGAAGGGUGCAGUGAAAAUGGUCACCAGCAUCUUUGAGAAUGGGACUCUGCUAAGGCAGCUAAAUGAAACUGGAUAUGAUAUUUUACUGACAGACCCCGAGUACCCAGGAGGCGUGCUGCUGGCACACUAUCUCAAGCUUCCUUUGGUGUUGAAUGUACGCUGGAUUCCUGGUGGAGAGGGUCACUUUGCUAUCGCUCCUUCUCCACUGUCCUACAUUCCUGCUGUGUUCUCCCGUUUCUCUGACAAAAUGCACUUUUUACAAAGACUCAACAAUAUUAUCUUCCAGGGCAUGUUGGUCUACUUGUACUACUAUAUUUCUGCUCCAAAAUACCAGGCUAUAUGUGAUAAAUAUUUUGGAGAUGACGUGAAUACCUUGUCUCUGAUACAGGCUGCAGAUCUCUGGUUAAUGCGAGUUGAUUUUACCUUUGAGUUUCCUCGCCCCACCAUGCCCAACGUCAUCUACAUUGGAGGCUUCCAAGGAAAACCAUCCAAGCCUUUGUCAUCGGAUUUAGAGGAGUUUGUGCAGAGCUCUGGUGAACAUGGAGUAAUUGUGAUGACUCUUGGCACUCUGCUGAGUGACCUUGGACCUGAGGUGUCAGAAACCUUCGCAGCAGCAUUUUCCAGCCUCCCUCAAAAGGUUUUGUGGAGACAUAUUGGUAAACAACCAGCUGCUUUAGGGAACAACACUAUGCUGGUUGAAUGGUUGCCUCAAAACGACAUCCUUGGCCAUCCUAAAACCAAAGUUUUCAUCACACAUGGAGGCACCAAUGGCAUCUACGAGGCCAUCUACCACGGCGUACCAGUUCUAGGCAUUCCACUUAUCUUGGACCAGUACGACAACAUCAUCCGUCUGAAGGCACGACAUGUGGCUGAGAUAGUCGAUGUGACCAAAAUGACUGUUGACUCUCUGAAAAGUGCUCUGAAGUCCAUUUUAGACCCAGAAAAUCCCUACAAGCAGAAUAUGGUCAAACUAUCACAGCUUCAUCAUGAUAAACCAAUGAAACCCAUUGACAGUGCUGUGUUCUGGAUCGAGUAUGUCAUGAGGCAUCGGGGUGCGCCACACUUGCGCUCCGAGUCCUAUAAGAUGCCCUGGUAUUCCUACCACUGCCUGGAUGUGAUGGCAUUCUGUUUAGCAAUUGUGUUACUUUUCAUUUUGUUGAUCUGGGUUUCCUGUAGAAUCUGCUUUAGCAGUUUGAUAAGAAACAGGAAGUCUAAGAUUGAAUAGGGGGAGUGAUGAUACAUUUUGUUAAAGGUAAUCAAGAGCAGGAAUUUACAAAGUGUCACCAUUUAAAUUUUCUUGAGAUCACUGUUUUAAACCACACAAUAUGUCCUCUAAAUAAUAUGGUGAAAAACGUUUUUAACUCAAUAAAUACCACAGCAUACACCUGAUGAGACCAUUUUUGAUACUGCAGUAACAAACAUUCUGAAACUACUAUUACUACUAGUAUUUUUUUUUUUUUUUGGUUGGAUGGAAACAUUGAAUUGGAUACAUAACCCAUUACCUGGGUCAAUGUCUGCUAUGAACCAAAAGCAGAAAAACAUGAGCAAAGACAGUACCAACACUACUUCAUAUUAUUAU